AUGUCAAAUCUUGAAGUUAUCAACUUGGCUGUCAACUCUUUGACGGGAACUAUUCCAUCAUCCCUGUAUUCCCUUGCAAACUCAAUACGAGGCCUCAUUCUCCCAUACAAUCAGCUAACAGGACCACUACCAACAGAACUUGGAUUGUUGACUAACUUGCACAGUUUAUCCCUUGACACAAACUUGUUCACUGCGAUGAUUCCCACCGAGGUUGGCAGAUUGACUCUCUCGAUGGGCAUACUCCUUCACAGCCUAAUGUUGAGUGGUACUAUCCCAAGUGAGCUUGCUUUGCUUACAGACAUGGACAGUCUUAAUUUGCAUGACUCGGCUCUUACGGGGACAAUCCCUAGAUGGCUUGGGAACAUGACAUCCAUGCAGGGAUUGACACUGUCGGGGAACUCUUUCACUGGGACUAUCCCAACAGAACUUGGCCUGCUGACAAAGAUGUGA